AUGCUGGCAGAGGGAAAGUGUUAGCGGGGCGAGAUCGUUCAAAUCCGUGAUCAUUAAGAACCGUCGCAAUUCUUCGAGGCUUUUCAAUUGCUCGUGGCCGAUACAGUCAACGUUUUCGAGGGUCUCACAGCGAAGUAAGGCAAUACUAAUAGUUCACGAUGUCUCCGCAAACCAAGAAGGAGCCCAGCGUGGACACAAUCGACCCCCACGGGCUGUUUGAUUCCCGACCAGUGUUCUCGCAUGUCGCGACUUCGACAGGGCCAGCUCGCGUCGUCGCGACGGCUGGACAAGUCGGCACUGAUGAGACUGGCAUGGUCCCCAAGGACAUCGAUGAGCAGAUUUCGCUUGCCAUGAAGAACCUAGGCCGCUGCCUCGAAGCCGCCGGCGCAACCGUGACCGACGUCUACAAGCUGGUGUACUACAUUGUGGAUUACGACCCGAAGAAGCGACGACAUACAAAACAUGUCAAAGCCUUCCUGAACGGGCAUCGACCAGCAACAACAUUGGUGCCCGUGCCGGCGCUCGCCAAUCCAGAAUACAAGUUCGAGAUCGAGGCCUACGCCGCUGUCAAACAAGAGCCAUGUGAGACUGUUGAGGUGGUUAUUGUGGGCGCCGGCCUCUCCGGUCUCAAGGCAGCCUAUGACCUCCAAAGGGCCGGCAUCUCCUGCGCCGUGGUAGAAGCACGAGAUCGUGUUGGCGGCAAGACCUGGUCUGUCGAUCCACUUGGGCAAGGCAAAUUCCUCGACGUCGGCGCCGCUUGGAUCAACGACACCAAUCAGAGCGAGGUCUAUGCUUUGGCCAAGUCUUUGGACCUGGAGCUUGUCGUGCAGAGAACAAAAGGCAAUAUCAUCCAGGAAGACAUUGGAGGUGGUCUCGGGCUUUUCGAGUAUGGUGGAACUCCCAAGGCCAUGGCCGAGCCAAACGGGGUGGAGAGCCUUGUAUAUGUUCGCGAACUCUUUGAGAAGUUGUGCCAACAACUGGACAUCCACGACCCUGUUGGCACAGGUGGUCAAUAUGAUAAGAUGACACUGGAGGAAUGGUGCAAAUCCGAGUCGAAGUCCGAGACCGCGCUGGCAUCAGUGAAGUUGUGGACAAGAGCAAUGCUGGGGCUCGAGCCAUCCGAGAUGAGCGCCCUUUACUUCUUGAAUUAUUGCAAGAGUGGCGGUGGGCUGUUGCUGAUGAGGUCGGAUUUUAGGCAUGGUGGCCAACAUCUCAGGUUUGUCAGAGGAACGCAGUCGAUGUCCAUUGAGCUGGCGAAGCUAUUGAAGCCCGGCUCUGUGGUCUUGAACUCACCGGUCCGCCGCAUCUCGCAGUCUCCUGAUGGUAUCUACGUGUCGGCUGGUCGAGGAGACUUUAGAUGUCAGCGAGUCAUCGUUUCUGUGCCGACGCCUCUGUACAAAGAAAUCACAUUUGACCCUCCAUUACCUGAAGCCAAGGCCGAAUUGGGCAAGAACAAUGUCCUCGGCUACACCUUGAAGGUCAUGGUCAUGUAUUCGGAGCCGUGGUGGCGCAAGGCAGGACUUGCGGGGGCCGUCAUGUCGUUCAAGGGGCCCAUCACCACCUGUCGCGACUCCAGCAACGACAAAUACGGCUCAUACUCACUGACUUGCUUCACCAACGGCAAGUUCGGCCGUGAGAUGUCCCUUCUCUCACAGCAGGAGAGAUUCAACGCCGUCCUGGCCCAUAUCAAGCGCAUGUAUGGACCUUAUGUCGACGUCCCAGAGCCAAUUGCCGUGACAGAGCACGAAUGGGCCAAGGAUCAGUGGGCUCAGGGCUGUCCUUGUCCUGCUUCACCUCCGGGCAUCAUGACAAAAUAUGAUCAUGCUUUGAGGUCCGCGCAUGGGAAAGUCCACUUCAUCGGCACCGAGACGGCAUAUGAAUGGAAGGGAUACAUGGAUGGAGCGAUUCGGUCGGGCGAGAGGGGCGCGAAGGAAGUCAUCUCUGGUCUUGGGAGGGCAAAGCUAUAAAUCCUUGUGUUUACUGUAGUACUGUGCAUGGUGAACUCGACCAGGCAGUAAGGAGUAACUCGAUAGCUACUAGUACGCAUGUUCCCG